AUGCCUCCUGGCGUUACGAACAUUAUGCCUCGCUGGAAUGGACGAGUGGAACUGAAGGCCACGGAGCAGUUGGAGGCCGUGGAGCAUUUAGAGGGCGCGGAGCUGCUGGAGCUAGUCGGACGGAUCCUUUCAUACGGGCAGGGCCUUAACCGGACGCAGCGGGUAGCGUUCGCCAAUCAGGUGGCGCGAAUCUUCCCGGUUAAGCGAAAAACGCCUAACAAGGCUAGCUGUUAUAGAGAUGUUUCCACUGAUGUUACCACUCGCUUUACCUCCGAUGCUUCCACCGAUGUUACGUCCGACGUUACCGAAGAUGUUACCAAAGAUAGUACCAGAGAUGGUACCACCGAUGUUACAACCUAUGUUACCAGCGAUGUUGCCAGCGGUGUUGCCAGCGACGGUACCACCGAUAUUGACACUAAUCGAGAUGUCAUCACAGAUGUUACCAACGAUGUUACCACCCGCGUUACCACCGAUGCUUCCACCGAUGUUACCACCGAUAUUACAACCGGUGUAGCCACAGAUGUUACCAGUGAUGUUACAACCGAUGUAACCACCGAUGUUACCACCAAUUUCAUCACAGAAGUUACCACCGAUGUUAUCACUCAUGUUACCAGCGAUUGUACCACCGAUGUUACCACCUAUGUUACCUCUGAUAUUACCACCCAUGUUACCACCGAUGUAAUCACCGAUCCACAGAUGUUACCAGUGAUGUUAAAACCGAUCGAUUGUACCACCAAUGUUACCACUGAAGUUACCACCCUUGUUACCACCGAUGUUACCAUAGAUGUUUCCACCGAUGUUACCACCCGCGAUACCACCAAUGCUUCCACCUAUGUUACCAUCGAUGAUACCUUCGGUGUAGCCACAGAUGUUACCAGCUAUCGCUUACCUCCAAUGUUACCACCGAUAUUAACACCAAUAUUACCAGCAAUCGGUGAUAUCAGCGGUGUUACCAGCGAUGUAACCGACGAUGUUUUCACCGAUGUUACCAACGUUCAUACCACCUAUGUUUCCAGCGAUGUUACCACCAAUAUUACUACCGAUAUGACCACAGAUGUUACCACCGAUGUUUCAAGCGAUGAUAAAAACGGUGUUACCAGCGGUGUUUCCAGCUAUGACAACACCGAUUUCCCCACCGUUGUUACCACUGAUUUUUCCACCAAUGUGGCCACCGAUCAUACCACAUUUGUUUCCACCGAUGUUACCAACGAUGUUUCCACCGAUGUUACCAUCGAUCAUACCACAUAUGUUUCCACCGAUGUUACCACCGAUGUUACCAACGCUAUGACCACCGAUAUUACAACGGAUGUUACAAGCGGUGUUAUCAGCGCUACAAGCGAUGUUACCAGCGGUGUGUCCACCGAUGUCACCAGCGGUGUUACCAGCGAUGUUAUCACUUAUUUUACAAGCGAUGUUACAAGCGGUGUUACCAGCCGUGUUCCCAGCAAUGAUACCACCGAUCUUACCAGCGAUGUUACCAGCGGUGUUACUAGCGAUGUUACCAGUGAUGUUUCCACCGAUUUUACCACCGAUGCUUCGACAGAUGUAACCACAGAAGUUACUAGCGAUGGUACCACCUAUGUUACCACCAAUGUUCCAACCAAUGUUACCACCAAUGUUACCUCCGAUGUUACCACCUAUGUUACCAACGAUGUUUCCACUGAUGUUACCAUCGAUCAUACCACAUACGUUUCCACCGAUGUUACCAACGCUAUGACCACCGAUAUUACAACCGAUGUUACAAGCGGUGUUAUCAGCGGUGUUACCAUCGAAGUUUCCAUCGAUAUUACCAUCGAUGUUUCCACCGAUAUUACCACCGAUGUUACCACCAAUAUUAAAAGCGAUGUUACAAGCGGUGAUACCAGCGGUGUUACCAGCGAUGUUACCGGCGGUGUUUUCACCGAUGUUACCACCGAUCAUACAACUUAUAUUUCCACCGAUGUUACCACCGAUGUUAUCACCGCAAUGACCACCGAUCGAUUGUACCACCAAUAUGUUUCCACCGAUGUUACCACCCGCGAUACCACCAAUGCUUCCACCGAUGUUACCAUCGAUGAUACCUUCGGUGUAGCCACAGAUGUUACCAGCUAUCGCUUACCACCGAUCGGUGUUACCAGCGAUGUGACCAUCGAUGGUUCUACCGAUGUUACAACCGAUGUGACCACCGAUGUUACCACCGAUGCUUCAAGCGAUGAUAAAAACUGUGUUACCAGCGGUUUUACCAGCUAUGAUACCACCGAUUUCCCCACCGAUGUUCCCACCGAUCAUACCACAUUUGUUUCCACCGAUGUUUCCACCGAUGUUACCACCGAUUCUACCACCGAUGUUACCACCGAAGUUACCACCGAUGUUACCACUGAUGUUACCACCGAUGGUUCUACCGAUGUUACAACCGAUGUUAUUACUGAUGUUACCAGCGAUUGUACCAUCAAUGUUACCACUGAAGUUACUACCCUUGUUACUACCGAUGUUACCUCCGAUGUUACCACCAAUGUUAAAAGCGAUGUUACAAGCGGUGAUACCAGCUGUGUUACCAGCGAUGUUACCGGCGGUGUUUUCACCGAUAUUACCACCGAUCAUACAACUACAAGCGAUGUUACCAGCGGUGUGUCCACCGAUGUCACCAGCGGUGUUACCAGCGAAGUUAUCACUUAUUUUACAAGCGAUGUUACAAGCGGUGUUACCAGCCGUGUUCCCAGCAAUGAUACCACCGGUUUCCCCAUCGAUGUUACCAUCGAAGUUUCCAUCGAUGUUACCAUCGAUGUUUCCACCGAUAUUACCACCGAUGUUACCACCAAUAUUAAAAGCGAUGUUACAAGCGGUGAUACCAGCGGUGUUACCAGCGAUGUUACCGGCGGUGUUUUCACCGAUGUUACCACCGAUCAUACCACAUAUGUUUCCACCGAUGUUACCACCGAUGUUACCAACGCUAUGACCACCGAUAUUACAACGGAUGUUACAAGCGGUGUUAUCAGCGCUACUAGCGAUGUUACCAGCGGUGUGUCCACCGAUGUCACCAGCGGUGUUACCAGCGAUGUUAUCACUUAUUUUACAAGCGAUGUUACAAGCGGUGUUACCAGCCGUGUUCCCAGCAAUGAUACCACCGAUCUUACCAGCGAUGUUACCAGCGGUGUUACUAGCGAUGUUACCAGUGAUGUUUCCACCGAUUUUACCACCGAUGCUUCGACAGAUGUAACCACAGAAGUUACUAGCGAUGGUACCACCUAUGUUACCACCAAUGUUCCAACCAAUGUUACCACCAAUGUUACCUCCGAUGUUACCACCUAUGUUACCAACGAUGUUUCCACCGAUGUUACCAUCGAUCAUACCACAUACGUUUCCACCGAUGUUACCAACGCUAUGACCACCGAUAUUACAACCGAUGUUACAAGCGGUAUUAUCAGCGGUGUUACCAUCGAAGUUUCCAUCGAUGUUACCAUCGAUGUUUCCACCGAUAAUACCACCGAUGUUACCACCAAUAUUAAAAUCGAUGUUACAAGCGGUGAUACCAGCGGUGUUACCAGCGAUGUUACCGGCGAUGUUUCCACCGAUGUUACCACCCGCGAUACCACCAAUGCUUCCACCGAUGUUACCAUCGAUGAUACCUUCGGUGUAGCCACAGAUGUUACCAGCUAUCGCUUACCACCGAUAAGCGAAAUUACAACCGAAGUUACCACCGAAGUUACCACCGAUGUUACCACUGAUGUUACCACCGAUGGUUCUACCGAUGUUACAACCGAUGUGACCACCGAUGUUAUUACUGAUGUUACCAGCGAUUGUACCAUCAAUGUUACCACUGAAGUUACUACCCUUGUUACUACCGAUGUUACCUCCGAUGUUACCACCAAUGUUAAAAGCGAUGUUACAAGCGGUGAUACCAGCGGUGUUACCAGCGAUGUUACCGGCGGUGUUUUCACCGAUAUUACCACCGAUCAUACAAUUACCACCAAUGCUUACAACGAUAUUUCCACCGAUGUCACCACCGAUGUAACAACCGAUGUUACCAGCGAUCUUACCAGUGGCGUUAACGGCGAUGUUACCACCGAUAUUACCAUCGAUGUGACGACCGAAGCUACCAGCGAUGUUACCAGCGGUGUGUCCACCGAUAUCACCAGCGGUGUUACCAGCGAUGUUAUCACUUAUUUUACAAGCGAUGUUACAAGCGGUGAUAUCACCGGUGCUUCCAGCGAUGUUACCACCGAUAUUACUACCGAUAUGACCACAGAUGUUACCACCGAUGUUUCAAGCGAUGAUAAAAACGGUGUUACCAGCGGUGUUUCCAGCUAUGACAACACCGAUUUCCCCACCGAUGUUAUCGCCGAUUUUUCCACCAAUGUGGCCCCGAUAUGA